GCGACAUCCUGAGAGUCUGAGACAACUAGCUGAAUCCCAGUUUGGUAUAUAUAGAAUGGAAGACACGGAAAGUGCUUCCUUACACACUCCCUCAAUAUGCAGCCUCCAGCAAACAAGCCUGCACCCGCCAUCCCAUACUUUACCCCUGCGCAGGUCCCUGCUGCAGGCACAGCAUUUGACCCGCAGCCCGAUGGAAAUCCUAUACCAAAAUUGUUCCAGCCUAUCAAGAUCAGAGGGACGACAUUCCACAACCGCAUCUUCCUAUCUCCACUGUGUCAAUAUUCUGCAGACGAUGGUCAUCUCACGUCCUGGCAUAUGGCGCACCUGGGUGGCAUCUUCACCCGAGGUCCUGGUCUUACUAUAAUCGAAGCCACAGCGGUCGUCCCAGAGGGUCGCAUCACCCCCGACGACUCAGGACUCUGGAAGGAUAGCCAAAUCGAGCCCCUUCGCAAGAUAGUCGAGUUUGCCCAUUCCCAAAACCAAAAGGUUGGCAUUCAGCUUGCCCACGCCGGCAGGAAAGCAUCCACCGUUGUGCCGUGGUUGCAUCCGGGUAUGGCAGCGACUGAGAGCAUAGGCGGAUGGCCAGACGAUGUAUGGGGGCCCUCCACGGUUCCUUACAACGACACCUUCCCAGUGCCUAAGGAGCUAUCCCAGGCGCAGAUCAAGGCACUCGUCGUCGCAUUUGUAGAAGCUGCAAAGAGAGCAUUGAAAGCUGGCAUUGAUGUCAUUGAAAUUCACAACGCACACGGCUAUUUGUUGUGCGCUUUCUUGAGCCCCACCAGCAAUACGCGCACAGACGAAUACGGCGGAAGCUUCGAGAACCGCAUUCGUUUGACUCUCGAGAUCGUGGAUGCUGUCCGUGGCGUAAUUCCCGAAGACAUGCCUCUCUUCCUGAGGAUUUCUGCGACUGAAGGGCUUGAAGAAGCGCUUCCGAACGUACCAUCUUGGCGUCUCGAAGAUACUGUCAAACUUGCCGGUAUUCUUGCCGAGCAUAACGUUGACUUCCUCGAUGUCUCCAGCGGUGGUAACCACUCAAAAGCCAUCAUAAAAGGCGGCCCGGCGUACCAAGCACCUUCCGCACAUGCAGUCAAACAAGCUGUGGGGGAUAAGCUUGUCGUCGGGGUUGUCGGGUCGAUUACCGAUGGCAAGAUCGCCCAAGGAGUACUUGAUAAAGGUCAAGCCGAUGUCGUCCUGGUUGGACGACAAUUCCAAAAGAACCCGGCGACUGUUUGGGCAUUUGCGUCGGACGUUGGCGUCGCGAUCAAGAUUGCGAACCAGAUUGAAUGGGGCUUCGGAGGUCGAGGCGGAGGUCGGAAGAAGAUCGACUGGUGAUUGCUAUGUAUGUGAUAAACCUUUCGCUUUCGAGUUUGGGUCACCGGAUAUG